GAGACGAGGGAAGACCUAUCCCUUCCACGCUAAGGUGUCCGCCAAUCCUACACAUCCAAAUUCGAUCGUUCUUCUUCGAUAGACGUACGCAUAAUUUCACCGUUCUUCUUCGCGAGAGGAUCAGUGUCAUCGGUUCCUCGCGCUUCGUCGUCGAUCGAUCGAUCUCUAUCGCAAAACCCGCAACGUAGAAAAACAUACAUAUAUGUGUAUAUAAUGUAUAUUGCACGUUAGUAAAUAUACGCGUGUACACAUCACGUAUAUACAUAUAUAUUAUAUUUGGAUCUAUGAGUGAGAUCGUUCUGUCAAUCGGCGUUGUAUCGAUCGGAACUGCGUACUGAGAUGCAGAGCAAUAAAUCAGGGGGGAGCCGCCGAGCUAAUAAUCGCAGAAGAAACAGAGAGAAAAAAGAAGAAAAAUACGUGAUCGCGAGGAUGAAGGAUGCGAAAAGCGAGGAAUUCUGCUCGUAUUCCGCCAGCAAUAAUGAAGAUAAGAUGGGCAACGUGGAACAAGAGACGCUACUGGAGACGGAGAAUUCUGACAAUGGAGCCGAGUGUAAUCCGAAGACGUCGCUCAUGUCUCCCUCGUUACGCCGACAGCUGCAGACGCACAAGAAUGUUCUUCGGCUCCUGCACGAGUACAAGCUAGCUUCCACCCAGAUCAACGGCCAGCGGAUCCUCAGCAUCCAGCCGAUCCGAUGGAGCGGCCCGACGCCCGGCAUCGAGUGCGAGAUCUUCGUCGGCCGGAUCCCGAAGACGAUCUUCGAGGACACUCUGUAUCCGCUGUUCAACACGGUCGGCGAGGUCUUCCAGAUCCGGCUGAUGGUGGACAUGGCCGAGCUGACGAGGGGUUACUGCUUCAUCAUGUACACGAAUCCGCAAGACGCGGCACGUGCCAUCGCCCAGCUGGAUCAGUACGAGAUCUUGCCUGGCAAGAAGAUAAGAGUCCUGGCAAGCGUGAAUAAGUGCAAGCUUUACAUUGGUCCUCUGCCGUGGCAGAUCGAAUCGGAGGAGGUCAUCAGGGUGAUGUACGCGUCAGCAUGGGAUAUCGAGUACGUGUCCAUUUAUCGAUUUCUAAAUCAUGACGCAGCUUAUGCUAUAGUUUCCUUCAAGUCGCACCGCAACGCAGCCUUGGCGAGAAGAAAAUUGCGACCUGAACGACUGUUCAAGUGUAAUGAAGUGCACGUUGAAUGGGCGCGAAUCGAUUGGAAUCCUUCGAACGUGUAUGAAGAUCGUGGCAUGGUGAACGAUAAAGGUGAGGUGCAGAUAACUCGAAAGUACGUGCAGUCUAAGAAGACCGGUUCCCCGUCAUCAUCCUCAAUGCAGGACGAUUUUAAGCAUUCGCGGAAGCAAAUCGGACCAAUCUGUCCAUUCAACAACGACAACGGCGAAGCCAAAUCCACAUUGCCAUUCACGCGUAACAGCAACAGCACCCGUUACGCCACUAUGCUGAACAUGUCGGCCACGCUGGAUGAUUAUUCAUUAUCGGACUCUUCUGACAACAAAGUGAUCACGGAUAUCAACGACAACUUGGAACCGUCCGACAGAUAUCGCAAAAAGAAAGAAGACACCAACACCGAGAGUUUCCGCAACUUCGAUAUAUGGAAUUCCAAUCUGGUUUCUUCGCUGUCGCCUACGGAUCCUGGUAGCUUCGAGGAUUAUGAAUCGUCGGACAAAGUGCUAACGGAAUCACCGUCCAACAAUUGGGGCAACAAGACGAAAUAUUGGCCGCCAAAGACUUCUUCCUUCGGUGGAUACCAGUACCCGAACAAAUCCGGUAUUUCGGAUUAUUCCUGCUCCUAUUUCAAUGAUCCCUUUGACAAAACGGGUGAGCAAGAUCGACCGGAAGCUGUUGACACCGCUCAGUUUCAAGCUCCACCUCUUCAGGACCAGCUAGCACCGUGCUACAUGUUACUGCACUCUCCGACUUAUCUGUACUCGAACAACACGGUAAACUGCUCGCAAUCUUUGCUCGUUAAUCAUGCUCACGACAAUGAGCUGCGUGCGCCCUUAUAUUCCAAUUGCGAUUAUCGGUUACGUUGGGGCAACGGCCGGACUGAUACGCACGACUCCGUCGCGACGGAUAGCCAUGGUUUCAUCGUUGGCAAACGCGACGACUGCGGAUUCCAAUUCGAGGGAAUUGCCGCGAAAGUGGAAAACAACACCGGGCUAUCGUCCGUGUCCAACUUUAUUCCGCCGAGCUACGCUCAAAGUUACGCACCGAACUUUACUAUGGUAAAUUUUACACCAAUCUACACGUUAAGUAAUAUAUCGAAAAACGUUGAGACGACAUCGUGUUACACGACAUUUAAAAACAUGGCGAGCAGCGACAGAGAAAAGCGUAUGAGACCAAUCUUGAAGCAGACGAACAAUCGUCGGUUGUAAUUUUAAGAGUUAUUUAUUUCUCUUUUUUUUUUCUUUUCCUCUUUUGAAAUUUUACGUAGGAGAUUGCGACUUUUAAAUACCAAAGAUGGCAUUUUUAUGUUCUUUUCUUGCAUCAACUGCAAUCGUUAAGAUAUAGUUUACUUUUUUUUUUUUAUUUCUAUUAACGUUGCCGCCAAAGAUUACAUAUAGAUAUCAUAAUGAUCUUUUUAACAUAAAUCUUGCUAAACUUAUUGCAGUUCCUUUGAUUAAUAAUUCAUUUGCUUUACAUUUUAGAAUACAUGUUUAUUAUUUUAUAACAAACAAGUAUAAGUAUCAAUGUAACGAUAAUUUUUUAACUCGCGUAUACUCGUUUGCAUGUGUGUAUUUUUUGACGAUCUACGUGGUCGCAGCUCGCUUGUUUUUUCGAGACUGCGGAUUUAUAUAUCGGAUUAAGUUUCUGCGAACGUGUGUUAACGUAUCUCACUACAUUUAUUUAAGAAAAUGGACUAUAUUUAAGUAUUUCACUUGAGUAAUCACACGUUUUUUAAAGAGAUCUUUGAUUUUUAUCGUUACAUUUUUAUUAUCAUUAAGAGUUUCGAACGAGAAAAAAAAGAUUCUUUGAUCACUUCCAGAUUGUUCCAUAUCAGGCUAUAUAUUAAGAGUAUAAAACAUAUAUGAGGAUACAACAAUAGGAUAUAACAA